UACAGUGAGUGCUGGUCGGUUACACGGAACAUGGAUGUGUUUCUCGCACUCGUCUUCACCAACCUCAGCGUGCCAUGUUCCUCCUACACGACAGCAUCUACCUCCACUUGGUGCGUCAUGCGCUGUCUGGACAGUCAUCUACCCUGCAACUCAGUGUUCUACCACGAGGCCAGUCAGCAGUGUUGUCCAAGCACGGUGGUGUACACGCAGGACUCCACAUCACUCGUGCCUAGUGACGGGACGCUCUACUUCGUCCAGCCAGCUUUAAUACCGGUAACCCCUGUAAUAAAGUGCCCACCGGGAUCCACCUUGUUCACAACAGAGACAGUUUGUGUUACCUUGACAACAACAAAAAUGUCUUGGCAGAACGCUUAUGAUGAAUGCGCCGGACAGUCAUUCAAUGGAAAAGCUUACCGAAUGAUAAGUUUCAAAACCCAGGAAAAAUACAUGGAAGUAAAACAGUAUCUAGGAACAGAUGCCACAGGGGUUUGGACAGGCCUGAAGUACAGUGACAGCACGUGGAAGUGGUAUGAUGGAACGGUUGCUGCGGUUCAACCAUGGGAUGGUGCGGAACCCAAUCUAUUAGGCGUAGAGCUGUGUGCCGUUAUAUACAAGCCUACGGGUUGGACCAUGCAUAAUAACUACUGUCAUUUGAAAUGGAGUGCGUUGUGCGAAGUUUCAGCGCUUGAAUAAUGUGCGUUAUGCUAUUACAUUAGAUGAUAAAAGGGACAAGCUCCUCACAGCUAUUUAUCAAUUCCUGCUGACAGAUCCCGACCAAAUAAAGACUUCGUGUUUAGGAAUCAAUGUGUUUAAGUAUACCUGACACUGUUUUAUAAACAACGAGAGGGGUAAGGAAGAGAUGUCAACUUCUUUAUCAUGAGGAACACAACGUUUCGGAGUAUAUCCUUACUCCUUCAUGAGGUUAAUGAAUGCUAUGAGGCAGAGAGCACAUAUAAUAAAGCAAUAAGACAACAAACAUGGAAGCUAAACAUUGGAAGCUAACAGUUAACUGGCGUUGAUGUGUGAUUGGCAAAGGACAAAUGGACGUCAACACUUAACAGUAUAUUAGCACUGAAUAGACGCCAACACUAACAGUUAAUUAUCGCUAUUCUAUUCUAUCCUAUGAAAAUGUAAUAUUAAGAGUCCUUUGUCACAAAUAUUACUUGUUCUCUUUUGACACAUUGUAACAUUAAGCUAUUGUUCUAUUCUGUCACAUUAUAGCACUGAGGGUCUAUAGCUUCGGGGCUGUUGUCACAAAUAAAACUUGUUCUCUUCAGACACAUUGUAACAUUAAUCUAUUGUUCUAUUCUGUCACAUUGUUGCAUUGAGGGUCUAUAGCUAUGGAGCUGUUGUCACAAAUAUUACUUGUUCUCUUUUGACACAUUGUGACAUUAAUCUAUUGUUCUAUUCUGUCACAUUGUAGCAUUGAAGGUCUAUAGCU